AUGUUCACAGCAAGAGAGAGAAAGAAACAGAGACAGAGGAGGGGAGGGGGGCUACAAAGGCCAGGAAACGCGCUUCAAGCAGAGGCCAUCGGAAGCCGGAGGAGGAGGAUGGAAGCGAGCGCCGGGCUGGUCACCGGAUCCCACGAGAGAAAUGAGCUCGUCCUCAUCCGCGGCCAUGGCGAGGUCCUCCUCCCCAUUCACCCCGUCCAUUUCUCCAUCGUUUUAUGGGUAGCUUUUCUAUUCCUCCGCCGCCUGACUCCGCCGCCGUGGUUGCAGAACCCGCCGCCGGUGGCCGCUCGGAGCGGCCGUGUCUGCGAGAUAUGCGGAGAGCAGGUGGGGCCGGCGGCGGCGGAGGAGGAGGGCGAUCUCUUCGUGGCCUGCAACGAGUGCGCCUUCCCCGUCUGCCGCCCCUGCUACGAGUACGAGCGCCGAGAGGGCAAUCAGGUCUGCCCCCACUGCAAGACCCGCUACCGCCGCCUCAAAGGUCCUCCUCCUCCUCCUCCGGCGACGGCGACCUCUCUCCGCCGCCGUGGCUAACCCACCCACCUCCACGCAGGGAGCCCGAGGGUAGAGGGCGACGAGGACGAGGACGACGUGGACGACGUUGACCAGGAGUUCAACCGCCCGCCGCCGCCGGCAACCAUAGUCUCCGGCAGGGGGGCGGCGGAUUACGGCGGCGGCGCCGACCUUCCUUCCAUCAUUACUGGUGCCCGGUCCGUGCCGGUGAGCCGCUACACCUCCGUCUGACUCCAUAGGACAGAUAGGCCGCCAUUACGUCGAUCUUGUCGUCGACAUUGACCUUCUGAUAACCUCAGGUCAGCGGCGAGCUCCCCCCGCCGCCCGGGCAUGGUCUCGGAGACCUACGUUCCUCCUCGAAGAAGCGUCUUCUCCCCUACCCGUUAUCCCAACCAGGUGACCAUAAUUAUUACGUCAUUUACUCUAUUUAGUAAACAAAAUGUCAUUAUCUUAACCAAAGUCGAUAAUUUUUAAAUAUUUGGGGUUUCUUUCAUGGGCUAGGAUUUGAGAUUUCCGGAAUUAUUUUUUAAUGCGAUUAUUUAAUGCGACGAUAAUAAUAGUGAGAUUAUUUGACGUGGUUAAUCUGGAUAUUUGAUCAACUGGGGGAGAGAUGAUAUGAUGAGCAGGCGGUGCCAAGGAGGACGACAGCGGGGGCUGGAAGGUGGACGGCUGGAGAUCCACGUGGCCCUUCCAGAUCGACGGCCACCUGGAAGACGCCGAACUCGACGUGUCCACGUAGGCACAUUCCUAAAUAUUUCGAUUUUUGGAAUAAAAGGAUGACUUAAUAUUAAGUAAAUAACUCGAAUUUUAUACUCUGGACCCAGCUUGGAGAAAUAGAGGGAGAGAGGAAGAGAGAGAUAGAGGGGGAUUGGGAGAGAGAUAGAGAGAAGCAGAGAAACAGCGAGGAGGGAGUGAGAGAGAGAGAGAGGGGGAGGGAGUGAGAGAAAGAGAGAGAGAGAGAGAGAGAGAGAGAGAGGGAGAGAGAGAGAGAGGGAACAAGAUAAAGAAGACUCUUUUCGGGCUUCGGGGGAUAACUCGGGGCGAGUUGAGAUGACUCGCUGGGCUUCGAUGCGCAGAGAGGACGAGGAAGGGAGGCAGGCGCUGUCGAGGAAGGUACCCAUGGCAUCAAGCAAGGUCAACCCCUACAGGAUGGCCAUCGUCCUCCGGCUGGUCGCCCUCGGCUUCUUCCUCCGCCACCGGAUGCUAAACCCGGCCCCCGACGCCACCGGCCUCUGGCUCACCUCCGUCGUCUGCGAGGUCUGGUUCGCCGUCUCAUGGAUCCUCGACCAGUUCCCCAAGUGGUUCCCCGUUGACCGGGAGACCUACCUCGACCGCCUCUCCCUCAGGUGCGAUCUCCGUUAUCUCUGGCGACGGUGGUCGUCUUCUCCGGCGCCGGCGACUGCUGACAGGGGGAGACUGGUGGUGCAGAUACGAGAGGGAAGGGGAACCGUCGCGGCUGGCGGCGGUGGACGUGUUUGUGAGCACGGUGGACCCGCUGAAGGAGCCGCCGCUGGUCACCGCCAACACGGUGCUCUCCGUGCUGGCUGUCGACUACCCGGCGGACAGGAUCUCCUGCUUCGUCUCCGACGACGGCGCCGCCAUGCUCACCUUUGAGUCGCUGGCGGAGACCGCCGAGUUCGCGCGGCGGUGGGUACCCUUCUGCAAGAGAUUCGCAGUUGAGCCAAGGGCCCCGGAGAUGUACUUCUCCCAGAAGGUUGACUUCCUCAAGGACAAGGUCCACCCUGCCUUCGUCAAGGAGCGCCGCGCCAUGAAGGUCUUCCUCCUGCUCUGAUUGUCCUACAUAGAUAGAAGACAAUGUCACCGGUUAUUUAUUGUUUGCUGGAUGAGGGAGCAGAGGGAAUACGAGGAGUUCAAGGUGAGGGUCAACGCGCUGGUGGCGAAGGCGAUGAGGGCGCCGCCAGAGGGGAGGACGAUGAAGGACGGGACGCCGUGGCCGGGGAACAACGCCGGCGACCACCCGGGGAUGAUCCAGGUCUUCCUCGGCAACGGCGGCGAGGGCGAGCUCCCCCGCCUCGUGUACGUCUCCCGGGAGAAGCGCCCCGGAUUCGACCACCACAAGAAGGCCGGCGCCAUGAAUGCUCUGGUCGGAGCCCUCCUUCUUACCUCCACUGCCAAGAGAAUUAGGGUUUUGGCUGUCAUGGUGGUGGUGCUCACCUGGGGCGCUGUUGUUGCAGAUUAGGGUUUCGGGGGUGCUGACGAACGCGCCGUUCGUGCUGAAUCUGGAUUGCGAUCACUACGUAAACAAUAGCAAGGCGAUCCGGGAGGCGAUGUGCUUCUUCAUGGACCCACCGGCGGGGAGGAAGGUCUGCUUCGUCCAGUUCCCCCAGAGGUUCGACGGCAUCGACCGCCACGACCGCUACGCCAACCGCAACACCGUCUUCUUCGACGUGAGCUCCCACCACUCUCCUCCUCCAUCUGGGUCAACCCAUGAAGCUCUCAUUCAUUAUCCUCCUCCUUCUCAUGCUCCAUCUGGGUCAACCUUUGAAGCUCUCCUUCGUCUUCUUCCUUGCAGAUUAACAUGAAGGGCCUCGACGGGAUCCAGGGCCCGGCCUACGUCGGCACCGGCUGCGUCUUCCGCCGGCGAGCUCUCUACGGGCACCCGCCACCGGAGCGCCCGAGACGCCCACGAAUGGUCACCUGCGACUGCCUCCCCGGCUUCGGCCGCCGGAAGAAGAAGCCAGACGGCGGCGUCGCCGGCGGCGGCGGCGAGAUGAACAUCGAGAGGAGGUUCGGGCUGUCGCCGGCCUUCCUCACCUCGACCCUGAUGGACGAAGGCGGCGUCCCUCCUUGCUCAGCUCCGGCGGCCCUCCUCAGGGAGGCAAUCCACGUCCUCAGCUGUGCGUACGAAGACAAGACGGAGUGGGGCUCGGAGGUGAGUCGCCGCCGCCGCCGCCACCGCCGCCGUCGCCGAUAAGCUCCGCCGCCGUCUAUAAGCUGAGCUCAUUCUUCUUCUGGUCUGCAGGUGGGGUGGAUCUACGGGUCCAUCACGGAGGACAUCCUGACGGGGUUCAAGAUGCACUGCCGGGGCUGGCGGAGCGUCUACUGCAACCCACGGAGGGCUGCCUUCAAGGGCUCCGCGCCGGUCAACCUCUCCGACAGGCUCGUGCAGGUGCUCCGGUGGGCCCUGGGCUCGGUGGAGAUCCUCUUCGGCCGGCACAACCCGCUGUGGUACGGCCGCCGCCUCAAGGCGCUGCAGAGGGUUGCCUACGUCAACACCGCCGUGUACCCAUUCACGUCGUUGCCGCUGCUCGCCUACUGCGCCCUCCCCGCCGUUUGCUUGCUCUCCGGCAAGUUCAUCAUGCCGCCGGUGAGUAAGACCUCCGCAGUUGACCGCCGUAGGGGCGGAUGAGGGUUGACUUUGCUUGUGGUGUUUCAUUCAGAUUGGGGCGGUGGAGAGCCUCGUGUUCAUCGGGCUGUUCGCAUCCAUAGUCGCCACGGGGGUCCUGGAGCUGAGGUGGAGCGGGGUUAGCGUGGAGGAGUGGUGGCGGAACGAACAGUUCUGGGUCAUCGGAGGAGUCUCCGCUCACCUGGCGGCGGUGGCGCAGGGGCUGCUGAAGGUCGUCGCCGGAGUGGAGACCCGUUUCACCGUCACCUCCAAGGCCGCCGGAACAGAGGACGGCGGCGGCGGCGGCGGCGAGGGGGGGGAGCUGUAUGCCUUCAAGUGGACAGCGCUGCUGAUCCCACCAGCGAGUCUGCUGGUGGCGAACCUGAUCGGGGUGGUGGCCGGAGUGGCGGAGGCGCUCGCCAGUGGGUACCAGUCGUGGGGGCCGCUGUUCGGGAAGCUCUUCUUCGCCUUCUGGGUCGUCGUCCACCUCUAUCCCUUCCUCAAGGGGCUCAUGGGGAGGGAGAAGAAGAUCCCCACCAUCGUCGUCAUCUGGUCCGUGCUCCUCGCCUCCAUCUUCUCUCUCCUCUGGGUCAGGAUCGACCCCUUCGUCAUCAGAGCCACCGGCCCCGACGUCCGCCAGUGCGGAAUCAACUGCUGA